GCACAGGUUGUCAACGUCGAUGACACGUCUCUUUCUUCGUCACUCUAUGCUGGAAAGAAGAAAAAUCCUAGCCCUCCACUUACCCCAAUACCUGCCAAUGAUGAAACCAUAUCUGGUGAGACACAAACCGAGAACAGUCCACGAAGUGGAUCAGUACGAGCACGUUCACAAGCCACAGAUAGACCCACAUGUGAUACUUAUACGGUAACAUACGCGCGUUCUCAUUGGUCAGUUGCAUACCGUAAUCAGGCCAUUCCAGGUAUUGAUCGAGUUAAAAGAAGAAGUGAUCUAAUGCGACGAGAAUCGUCGCGCAAAUCUCGGAGUGAUUGUCGAGUUGACCACGCGGGUGAUGUCGAUCGCCAACCGAGUGUAAAAGAUGCGGCAUCUCCAGCCAAAAACGGUCGCUUCACAAAAAUCGGCAACGCAAUUAGUGCAAAUGACCGGAAGAGCGAGAAGGAGCGAAAGAAGAAUGAGCGAAAACAAGAAGGCAAAGCGGCCAAGACACUAUCGGCUAUUCUAGCCGCUUUCAUCGUGACUUGGACUCCAUACAAUGGUACAAUGUCGCAUUUCUCCCUAGUAUUUGAAUUUUUUCUAAUCCUAGUUUUUCAGUGAUU